AUGACGCUGUCGACGAUGGCUUCGCCUGCGGAAAGUAAGCAAUCCCCACUUCACAUGCCACCUCCAGUGCUGGGGGGAGCAGACCCUGGAUACCGUGUUACUGACCUUCUUAGCUGUGGUGAAUCCGGCCACAUGACUCGUCAAUGCCCCAAUGAGCCUGUGCAUCUUCACUCCAAGGCUAGCAACGUUUCCUACGGUGCUUCAUAUGGCGACGACGCUGGCGAGAGUGGUGACCGUGCUUGUUUUAACUGCGGCCAGGCUGGUCACAACAAGGCCGAUUGCCCUGAGCCCCGUAAGAUGGGCGCUUGCUACAAUUGCGGCGAGGAAGGUCACUCCAAGGCCGACUGCCCUCAGCCUCGCAAGAUGGGCGCUUGCUUCAACUGUGGCGAGGAGGGUCAUUCCAAGGCCGAUUGCCCUCAGCCCCGUGUUUUCAAGGGCGCUUGCCGUAUCUGCGAGAAGGAGGGACACCCUGCUGCCGAGUGCCCUGAGCGACCCCCCGACGUGUGCAAGAACUGUCUUUCUGAGGGACACAAGACGAUCGAAUGCACCGAGAAGCGAAAGUUCGAUCUCAACCAUGUUGCUGACAUGCUUCCCGUGGAGGCUUGGGCUGCAAUGAAGAAGGCUAGCGAUGAGAGGGAUCUUGACGAUUUCCGCGAGGCGCUCAAGAUUUAUUCGAAGUCAUCCCCCGAGGAAACCUUCGCCGAUAUUGAAAAGAAGAUGCGCGAGGAGGACUUCAAGAUUUUCAUCAUUGCUCUGGUAAGCACUGGGUUCGUGUUACAUAUCCAAGGAUCAAUUGCUUAUGAAUGUCAACAGGAGAAGGAGGUCGAUGAUGUUAUCAGCCUGAUUGAUCUUCAGGGAACAUUGGACCGCGAGUACAUCGUUGGUUUCUAUUUCCGUGCAAAGGCGACGCGCGGCAAGCUGCGAGAGCGCUGGCCUGCCGACCCAGAGGAAAACCUGGAGCGACUGGCCAACGCUGGUCUCCCAUUUGACCGCAAGAUUCCCAAGUGUCUCAACUGUGGAGAGCUGGGUCACAUCAGGAAGAGUUGCAAGGAGGAGCGCGUUGAGAACGAUGAUCGCGUGGAGAUCAAAUGUUCCAACUGCGAUGAGGUUGGACACCGGGUGCGUGACUGCAUGGUCAAACGCAAGUACAGACAUGGAUGCCGCAACUGCGGCUCUGGAGACCACAUGGCCGCCGAAUGCACUGAGGAACGCUCUGCCGAAGGUGUUGAAUGCCGCAGAUGCAACCAGAGUAUGUCAAUGCAUGGGUCAACCCUCUCCAAAGAGCCUAGAUGUACUAAUAUCCUUUUUUUCUUUUCUUUUCAAGCUGGCCACUUCGCCAAGGACUGUCCCACUGCCGCUGAUCGUGGCCCUCGCCAGUGCCGCAACUGCGGAUCUGAGGACCACCUGGCGCGUGAAUGUGAUCAGCCCCGUAAUCCCGCUACCAUGACCUGUCGCAACUGCGAACAAGUUGGUCACCUCUCCAAGGAUUGCCCCCAGCCAAGGGACUAUUCAAAGGUUCAGUGCAACAACUGUGGAGAAUUCGGCCACACCUUCCGCCGUUGCAAGCAGCCCCCCAAGGAAGAGGCGGAGGACGUGCCUUCUUUCUCCCCACCUGGGAGCCCUCCUCAUGGCAGCUUUAAUGAUCGCGGAGCAUCUGCUGCCGCCGGCGGUGACGACGAGGGAGGUUUCCGUCGUCGUGAUCAAGACGAUCGCUGGUAA